AUGUCUCUAGCUCCAAGUAACGCAGGAUCCUGGAACACAUUAAAUGUCAAACUGAGUCAACCCAUUUUAGAUACUUUGAUGUCGUUGGGAUUCACGGAAAUGACACCUGUACAAUCUGCUACCAUUCCAUUAUUUAUGCAAAAUAAAGAUGUUGUUGUUGAGGCAGUAACAGGUUCUGGUAAAACACUUGCAUUUGUUAUUCCUAUUUUGGAGAAAUUGAUUUGUCGUAAAAAUUCCUUUCACAAGAACGAAAUUGGAGCUUUGGUCAUCACACCUACAAGAGAACUUGCACAACAAAUAUCGUCUGUAUUUUCAAUCUUUCUAAAAGAUACUUCGAUUCCUCUAAAACAUUCAUUAUUCAUUGGUGGCGGCGGAUCAUCAACAGUAAAAGAGGAUUUAACAAAUUUCCUAGAAAUAGGACCAGAUAUAAUUAUCGGGACACCAGGACGACUGGAAGAUUUACUUGUAGGACGUAAUGGAGUAAAAAGUAUCAUAAAUACAAAAGAACUGGAGAUUUUGGUGCUAGAUGAAGCGGAUCGAUUACUCGAUAUGGGAUUUACGCAAUCACUAACAAAGAUAAUCGCGCAUUUGCCGCGGCAACGACGUACUGGACUAUUUUCGGCUACUAUGACUGAUGCACUCUCUGAGAUAGUGAGAGCGGGACUAAGAAAUCCCAUGAGAAUUGUUGUGAAAGUGGAAGAUUUGAUUUCUAAAAAUGAGCAAAGAACUCCAAGCACGUUACAAAUAGCAUAUAUUGUUUGUGAACCACAUCAGAAAUUAUCGCAAUUAUUACGACUCUUAAAAGCCGAAACUCUCGCAAAAAAGUUUAUUAUUUAUUUUUCAACUUGUGCUUGUGUAGAUUAUUUUUACAAGAUUUUUUCCAAAUUACCCCAAUUUAAACAAUUCUCUAUUUAUUCGCUUCAUGGCCAAAUGGACAUAAGAAGACGAUCAGCAACGUAUAAUUCUUUUGUAAGUCUACCACCUACAUCUCCGGCCCUUCUUCUUUGUACCGAUGUGGCCGCUCGUGGGUUAGAUGUGCCGGAUGUGGAUUUCGUGAUACAAAUGGAUGCGCCACAAGAUCCCAAAGUGUUCUCGCAUCGUUGUGGUAGGACUGCUAGAGCUGGAAAAGAUGGAAAUGCAGUAUUAUUUAUUGGAAAAGGCAGAGAAGAAGUUUAUAUAGAUUUUCUAAAAAUUCGCAAGAUUCCUAUUCAACAACAACCGUAUCUUCUAGCGGAUGGUACGCCAUAUAUAAUUCAAGAAAAUGCAAUUAAAGGCGACGACGAUAAUGAUUCAGAAAUGAUUCCUAAACAAGAUGGCGACAAUGACAUAUUCUUGAAUCAGAUUCGUGAUCUGGUUCUAACGGAUCGUGAUUAUCAUGAAAAGGGAAUAAGGGCAUUUGUAUCAUAUAUUCGAUCAUAUUCGAAGCAUGAUGCGAAUUAUAUAUUUAGACUGAAGGAUUUAGAUUUUGGAAAAGUUGCAAAGGGAUAUGGAUUAUUAAGGAUGCCAAAAAUGCCGGAAUUAAAAGAUCGUCAAUUCGAAUUUGAAGAGGUCAAAAUCAACAUGGACGAAUACAAAUUUUUGGAUAAAGCACGUGAGAAAAAACGAUUAAAAAAGUUGGCAGAAUCAAGAGAAAAAAUGAUAACAACCAGGAAAAGAAAUCAAAAUAGUAGUGUUCCAUGGUCAGAAAAACAAGCGGCAAAAGAGCGAAAAAUCAAUCGCAAUGAUAAUAGUAGUAUUCAAAUUGAGAAUUCUGAAGAUGAUGAUCUUGAAAUGGAGGAAGAAUGGAAAGAAUUACAAAGAGAAGAACGAUUAGCAAAAAAAGUUAAGCGUGGUCAAAUGAACAAAGAUGAAUUCGAAAAAGAAGUUGGAAAUAUGUCGGAAAUUGAAGAAAUUAACUAA